AUGAUAGUAUUAGACAAUCACAUAAGCAAGCCAGGUUGGUGUUGCAGCAAUUCUGAUGGAAAUGGCUUCUUUGGGGAUCAAUAUUUCAACCCUGACCUAUGGAUAAAGGGCCUAACCAAGGUAGCCACAAUGUUUGAAGGGACAAAAAAUGUAGUAGGCAUGAGCUUGAGAAAUGAACUCCGAGGCCCAAACCAAAAUGUAACUGAUUGGUACAGGUACAUGCAAAAAGGUGCUGAAGCAGUGCACGUUGCAAAUCCUAAUGUUCUCGUCAUAUUCUCUGGACUGAAUUACGACAAAGAUCUCUCUUUUACGCUCAACAAGCCCGUACAACUAACCUUCACUAACAAGCUAGUUUUUGAGGUACAUUGGUAUGGUUUCUCCAAUGGAAAGGAAUGGGAAACAUCCAAUCCAAACCAAGUUUGUGGGCAAGUUUUGGGUAACUUAAUGGGGAAUGCAGGGUUUGUUUUGGAGCAAGGGUACCCUUUGUUUGUGAGUGAGUUUGGAGUGGAUAUGAGGGGCACUAAUGUCAAUGACAAUAGGUAUUUCAAUUGCUUCAUGGGAUGGGCAGCUGAAUAUGACUUGGAUUGGGCAUUGUGGACACUUGUUGGGAGUUAUUAUUUGAGAGAAGGGGUUGUGGGAAUGAAUGAAUAUUAUGGGGUUUUGGAUGAGAAUUGGCAUGAUGUUAGAAACUCAAGCUUCCUGCAAAAGUUGUCUGUUCUGCAAUCUCCUUUUCGAGGGCCAGGUUACGACGAAGUUCGUCCUCAUAAAGUAAUUUUUCAUCCAAUGACUGGUCUCUGUAUCCAAAGGAAAUCACUUUAUGAACCCUUGGUUUUAGGUCCAUGCUCUGAGGCUGAAGCAUGGUCAUAUACACCAGAGAAAACAAUAACAAUUAAGGGCACAUAUUUCUGUCUACAAGCAGAUGAAUUGGGGCUACCAGCAAAACUUGGUGUAAUAUGCAGUUAUGCAAAUUCAAAAUGGGAAACUAUCUCAGACUCUAAAAUGCACCUAUCUUCUACACUAGAAGAUGGCAGCAGUGUCUGCUUGGACAUCAACUCGAACAAUUCCAUUGUUACGAUUGCUUUCACGCCUCAACCACUUUCGACCAAUUCCCGAUGGGUCGUAAAUGAAUCCGGCCAGCGCGUGAAGUUAGCAUGCGUGAAUUGGGUGGCGCAUCUUGAAGUCGUGGUGGCUGAAGGGCUAAGCAAGCAGCCAGUGGAUGCAAUUUCAGAAAGGAUUUUGGAUAUGGGAUUCAACUGUGUUAGGCUAACUUGGGCACUUUUUUUGUUCACCAAUGACACUUUAGCAUCAAUCACUGUAAGACAGUCUUUCGAGAACCUUGGAUUGGUCGAAUCCAUUGCAGGUUUACAGGCAAAUAAUCCCUCCAUUGUUGAUCUUUCCCUUAUCGAUGCUUACCAGGCAGUGGUGGCCAGUCUUUCAAACAACAAUGUGAUGAUAGUAUUAGACAAUCAAAUAAGCAAGCCAGGUUGGUGUUGCAGCAAUUCUGAUGGAAAUGGCUUCUUUGGGGAUCAAUAUUUCAACCCUGACCUAUGGAUAAAUGGCCUAACCAAGGUAGCCACAAUGUUUAAAGGGACCAAAAAUGUAGUAGCCAUGAGCUUGAGAAAUGAACUCCGAGGCCCAAACCAAAAUGUAACUGAUUGGUACAGGUACAUGCAAAAAGGUGCUGAAGCAGUGCAUGCUGCAAAUCCUAAUGUUCUCGUCAUACUCUCUGGACUGAAUUACGACAAAGAUCUCUCUUUUACCCUCAACAAGCCCGUACAACUAAACUUUACUAACAAGCUAGUUUUCGAGGUACAUUGGUAUGGUUUCUCCAAUGGAGAGGAAUGGGAAACAUCCAAUCCAAACCAAGUUUGUGGGCAAGUUUUGGGUAGUUUAAUGGGGAAUGCAGGGUUUGUUUUGGAGCAAGGGUACCCUUUGUUUGUGAGUGAGUUUGGAGUGGAUAUGAGGGGCACUAAUGUCAAUGACAAUAGGUAUUUCAAUUGCUUCAUGGGAUGGGCAGCUGAAUAUGACUUGGAUUGGGCAUUGUGGACACUUGUUGGGAGUUAUUAUUUGAGAGAAGGGGUUGUGGGAAUGAAUGAAUAUUAUGGGGUUUUGGAUGAGAAUUGGCGUGAUGUUAGAAACUCAAGCUUCCUGCAAAAGUUGUCUGUUCUGCAAUCUCCUUUUCGAGGCCCAGGUUACGACGAAAUUCGUCCUCAUAAAGUAAUUUUUCAUCCAAUGACUGGUCUCUGUAUCCAAAGGAAAUCACUUUAUGAGCCCUUGGUUUUAGGUCCAUGCUCUGAGGCUGAAGCAUGGUCAUAUACACCAAAGAAAACAAUAACAAUUAAGGGCACAUAUUUCUGUCUACAAGCAGAUGAAUUGGGGCUACCAGCAAAACUUGGUAUAAUAUGCAGUUAUGCAAAUUCAAAAUGGGAAACUAUCUCAGACUCUAAAAUGCACCUAUCUUCUACACUAGAAGAUGGCAGCAGUGUCUGCUUGGACAUCGACUCGAACAAUUCCGUUGUUACGAUUGCUUGUAAAUGCUUAAAUAGAAACAGUACCUGUGACCCGGGAAGCCAGUGGUUCAAAAUCAUUGACAGCACAAGAUGUACAUCUGCUACGAAAUCUUCAGUCGGGAUCAUCUCGAUCUUCAAUUUCAUGGCAAAGAAUCUGUUAGCAAGUUUUAGCUAG